UUUUGUGUGACAAUUGAUAAUUGAGAUGGCAAAUAUCAACCCUCAAAAACUUAAGAAUAUCCUGAGAACUACGCUUAAGGAGUUCUCAGAAGGAACCAUGCUGGAAGGAAUUCUAGUGGGCUUACUCUGAUCUCGAGAUCCAAAAAAAUUGAGCAUGUGUAUAGCAUACGUCAGAUCUAUUAAGAAGAUACUGUCUUCAACCCCGAUUUCAAUGCAGAUAGAUAAAUUUUCAGAGUAUUUUCCCAAUAUUUUUCAAACUGUUCAUAAAUUCGAGAAAGGCAAGAUAAUAAAAGAAAGAAAAAGAACCUUAAAGGAGGAGAGCAAGAAGGAAGUGAAGUUCAAGCUUGACCCUCCUUCCAUCCUUAAACCCCUCCCAGAUCGUAAGAAGAGAUGUGUUAAAGAGCCUGAGCUUGAUUCUGAUGACGAACAGCUAGAUCUUGUUGUGGCGCCAUCUAUUAAUGAUUCUAGCCUAAGUUGAUGGAUUUGAAAUAAAGAUUUUGUAAUUAAGUCAACUCCUGCAGUAUGCAAGCAUGCUUAUCAUGAACAUUGAAUGAAGAACUACCUUGUAUCAAAGCUGAAGAAAGGAGUUUGAGUAGAGAGCUGAUUUCAGAAAGAUUGAAAGGAGCCACUAGAAUAUGAUUUCAUCAAAUCCUACUAUUCUGAUCAAGAGAUGGUAAAAUAUAAUGCACUUAAAUUAUGCAAUGAGCUUAGUAACGGUUGUAAGCUUGUGGUUUAUUGGUGAAAUGAAUGCACAAAGUUCUUUGUGCAUCGUAGAAAUGAUUCUCCUGAAUGUUUAGCUUGAAAGUCAGAAGGAGUCAGACUGAAAAAGGCUUUAACUCUCCCAGUUAAGCAAACUAACAACGAAGAAACUAAUUCCAAAGAGCAGAAAGAUCACGAUACCAUCAUAACUAAAGCGGAGCAUUUCCUCUCACGAUGCAUAAAAUGCAUGAAAUGGAAGCACAAAUUCACCACUACCAAAGCAUAUAGGUGAAAAUGUCGCCCAAAAUUUCUCUAAAUCCUCUAAUUG